ACAUAUACAAUCAGAGCAAUGGAUAAAGAAAACCACUCAACAGUGACAGAGUUCAUCUUUAUGGGCAUCACUCAAGACCCUCAGCUGCAGAUGAUCUUCUUUGUGGUCUUUCUCAUUGUCUACCUGGUCAAUGUGGUGGGGAAUGUUGGUAUGAUUAUUCUGAUCAUAUCAGACACUCAGCUUCACACACCCAUGUAUAUUUUCCUCUGCAACCUCUCUUUUGUUGACCUGGGCUACUCCACAGCCAUUGCCCCCAGGAUGCUGGCUGACUUCCUGACAAAGCACAAAGUCAUCUCCUUCUCCAGUUGUGCCACACAGUUUGCUUUCUUUGUAGGUUUUGUGGAUGCCGAGUGCUAUGUCCUGGCGGCCAUGGCCUACGAUCGCUUUGUGGCCAUCUGUCGACCCCUCCACUACAGCACUCUCAUGUCCAAGCGGGUCUGCUGGGCUCUCAUGCUGGGCUCCUACCUGGCUGGACUCGUGAGCUUAGUAGCCCACACUUCACUCACAUUCAGCCUCAAUUACUGCGGUUCCAACAUCAUCAACCAUUUCUUCUGUGAAAUCCCACCGCUCCUGGCCCUCUCUUGCUCAGACACCUAUGUCAGUGAGAUACUGCUGUUCAGUCUGUGCGGCUUCAUUGAGUUCAGCACCAUCCUCAUCAUUGUCAUCUCCUAUGCCUUCAUCCUCAUGGCCAUCAUCAGAAUGCGCUCCGCGGAAGGCCGCUUUAAGGCUUUCUCCACCUGUGGGUCCCACCUUACUGGUGUCACCCUCUUCUAUGGCACAGUCAUGUUUAUGUAUCUGAGGCCGACAUCCAGCUACUCUCUGGACCAAGACAAGUGGGCCUCUGUGUUCUAUACCAUCAUCAUCCCCAUGUUGAACCCUUUGAUCUACAGUUUGCGGAACAAGGAUGUGAAAGCUGCAUUCAAAAAGCUGUUUGGGAGAAAACCUCAAUAAAACCAAAAAAAUGAAAAAAAUCUGUUUUUGUCAGAGGUAAACAGUAGUGCCACAGAGGUUGUGGCAGGGAACACAA